AUGUUCUCCGGCAAGACGACGGAGCUGAUGCGGCGGCUGCGGCGCUACCAGCUGGCCAAGCACCGCUGUCUGGUGGUGAAGUAUGCAAAUGACCUCAGGUACGACAACACCUCCCUGGCCACACACGACAAACAGGUGUUGCCAGCCAUGUCCGCCACUCGUCUGCAGGAGCUGAAGGAGACUGCAGCAAGCUAUUCCAUCAUUGGCAUUGACGAGGGGCAGUUUUUCCCAGACACAGUGCAAUUCGCUGAGGGGAUGGCCAACGAAGGAAAGACAGUCAUAGUGGCAGCUCUGGAUGCAACCUUUCAGCGGCAGGGGUUCGGCAACAUUCUACAGUUGGUACCCCUGGCCGAGAGCGUGGUGAAGCUCAGUGCGGUGUGCAUGGUGUGUUUCCAGGAGGGCCACUACACCAAGAGAACCACCACAGAGACUGCGCUGGAGGUGAUAGGAGGCAGCGACAAGUAUAUAUCAACCUGCCGUUUUUGCUACUUCAACACCUCACCACAGCCCUCACCUGCCAAGAGAGCAUCUGUGUCACCUCAUCAGCUUGUGCCUCUCAAAGCUGUACAGUCAUCCUAG